AUGGUCCUCGUCAAGCGCAAAUGCCCCCCGGAGCGGCGCAAAGCCGUCAUCGCCGUCCGCGCCACCGCCUCCUCGCCCACCCUCUCCGUCGGCGCCACCCCGCCGCAACACUUCUCCAUCCGCAUCUCCCUGCGCAUCGCGCAAACCACCCGCCCGGGCGAGGCCAUCACCAUCGCCACCACCGGCACCGUCUUCGAGGGCUGCGCCACCGCGCGCGGGAGCGACCCGCUCGCCCAAAGACGCGGCUCGCUCGUCGCGACAGCAGCGCCAACAGCGGACGCCGGCAGCCAGCAGCCACGCGCCAUCAACCUCGGCGGCCUCAUCGUGCGGAAGGCGCGGGCGGCGGAGAUGCCGGAUCAGGACUUGAAGGAGAAGCCGGGCACCCGGCUGCUGACGAUCCCGGCCGAGGGGAGCGUCGAGGUGGCGCACGACUUGCCGGUCGAUCGCAUCUUUUUGCACGAGCGGAAGCUGAGGGAGGAGGAUGUGGUGGGGGAGGAGUGGCGGUUCCGUUUCCACGACGGCUGGGUGGGGACGACUUGGUGGUGCUGGGGGGAUUUGGAGGGCGAGGGCGAGGGCGGGCUGAGGGAGAAGCGGUUGUCGUGUUGGCAUGAGGGGAUGGCGUUGUGGGGCCAUGCGAAGCCGGAUGUGGGCGAUGGGUGGGUGCUGGGGCUGGAUCCGGCCGAGUUGGUGUUCGAGGUCGAGGAGGAGGGUUCCGAGUUUCGGUUUGUGGAGUAG